AUGUUAAUGAGAAUCUGCAGCAGCACGCUGGCCGCCGAGGAACAUGAGGUGCAGUCCCUGAAUGCUGGACUCAGCGGCGGCCAAUGUGGAGACAGUGAUGACUCCUUCCAGAGGCCAGAGCUCAUGCCAAGAUCCUCAGGAGCCAUGUCAGGAUGGAGGACCAGGGAGACGCUGCUCCUGGUCCUGCUGGGGCUGCAGCUGACGGAGGCCAUGGGGCGCUGGUGCCCCCAGCGGGUGGAGCAGCAGGUGGACCGCGUGCUGUCCCCCCGCCAGGAGCUGGAGGUAGGCUGCUCCCAGGUGUACCAGUACAGCACCCAGGGGUGGCGGCUGGACGUGGAGCGCAUGCGCCUCCGACACGGGGGGGACGACGGGAUCGCGCGGUACUACCAGCAGCAGGGCCCCGGGGCCAACUGCUCCAUGUACAGGCCUCCAGCGGUCGAGAGCCAGAGGGUGAACAAGACGGUGCAGGGCUGCUGUGAGGGCUGGGGAGGUCCUCACUGUUCCCAGGGGACGGGGGUACGAGGCCACUGCUUCUCCACCUGGAGUUGUGAGGACUUCCCAGGGGUCCACAACUCGUCGCUGAUGUCCAUGGAGCAGUGCUGUGGGGGCUCCUGGGCUCUGAGCUGGCGCAACGCUUCAGACGCUGCCUGUCUGUCAUGUACCUACACCCUCCUGCCGGACUCCCAGUCCUCCCUGCUGGUGCGGGGGGGGCUGCUCGGCAGCACCAGGAACCCCCAGGGGUCCGCCACCUGCGUGACCUGGGGCGGGGCCCACUUCCGCUCCUUCGACAGGAAGCACUUCCACUUCCAGGGCAGCUGCACCUAUGUGCUGGCGGCCUCCACCGAUGGCACCUGGGCUGUCUACGUCAGCACCAUCUGCGAGGGCGGAGGAGACUGCAGUAAGGCUCUCCGGAUGAUGCUUGGUUUGGACCUGGUGUCCGUCCGCCUCCGGAAUUUAACCCUCAACAACGUCCAGGUCGGCCAGGGAGAACCCCUCUUCCAAAAUGGAGUGAGUGUCCAUUGGCUGGGGGACUUUGUGUUUGUGGAGAGCGGCCUGGGGGUCAGGGUGAAGUUUGAUCUGAACAACACGGUAUACCUGACGGUGACCGCUGAGCACAUGGCCACCACUAGGGGGCUCUGUGGGCUCUACAACAACAACGCUGAUGACGACUUCCGCACCAUGGCCGGAACGCUGUCCCAGUACGCUGCAAGCUUUGGAAACUCAUGGAAGGUUCCGGACCCGCAGAACCAGGGCUGCAGCGACGCGGCCGAGCUGGGCCACAGCUGUGACCUCACGGGGGACGCCGCACUGCGCAGGCAGGCGGAGGCUGAGUGCCAGCGCCUGAUGGAGAGCCCCUUCUCCCAGUGCCACCAGCGGGUGGAUCCGGCGGUCUACCUGGACACCUGCCUGUACCUGUACUGCAGCGUGGCCCCCCGGGGCCGGCCCGCCGCCGUGUGCGACACCCUGGCCAGCUACGCCCGCGAGUGUGCCCAGCAGCACCUGGUCACCCUCUGGAGGACGGCUGCCCUGUGUGGUCGGGUGUGUCCCAGGGGCCAGGUGUUCUCGGACUGCGUCUCCUCCUGCCCCCCCAGCUGCGCGGCCCCCCAGCCCCCUGGCCACGCGGCCGCCCUGGGCCAGUGCCGGGGGGAGUGCGUGGGGGGGUGCGAGUGCCCCCCGGGGCUCUACCUGCACCAGGGCCUCUGCAUGAGGAGGGCCGACUGCCCCUGCUUCCACAGAAGACUCACCUACCAGCCAGGGGCCACCAUCCAGAAGCAGUGCAACACCUGCGUGUGUAAGAACGGCCAGUGGCUGUGUACUGGGGAGCGCUGCGCUGCCCAGUGCAUGCUGAUGGGGGCGCUGCAGGUCACCACCUUCGACAGGAAGAGGUAUUCCCUUCAGGGCGGAGCCUGCUCCUUCACUGCUGUGGAGGACUUCGUGGACAGGAAGCUGGCGGUCAGCCUGCGGUGUGGAGACUGUGACUCGUGGAUGGGGGGAGGAAGAGGAAGAGGAGGAGGGGGAGGAGGAGGAGGGGGGCAGGGCUGUCUGAAGGAGCUGUCCGUCUCAGCUCUCCGGACCACAGUAACCAUCACGGACACUGGCUCGGUGACGCUGAACGGGCAGAGGGAGGCGCUGCCGCUGGUCACGGCCGACCUGGUGGUGCGCCGGGCCUCCUCCUCCUUCCUCAUGGUGCAGACCUUCGGGGCCCAGCUGCUGUGGCACCUGGACGGACCGCUGGCCCUCAUCACCCUGCAGCCCGGCUUCGCCCACAAGGUGCGCGGCCUGUGUGGCACCCUGACCUGGGACCAGCACGACGACUUCACCACCCCCGAGGGCGACGUGGAGGCCAGCGUGUCGGCGUUCGCCGCCAAGUUCACGGCAGAGCGCUGCGCCCUUCUGCCGGGGGGCCCCGCGGCCCCCGACCCCUGCACCACCUACGCCCAGAGGAGGCCCCACGCAGACGCCCUGUGCUCCGUCAUCCACAGCCCCGUCUUCCAGGCGUGUCAUGACGUGGUGGAGCGGGAGCCGUACCUGCGGCUCUGCCAGACGGAGGUGUGUGGCUGUGAGCAGCAUGGGGCGUGUCACUGUACGGUCCUCACUGCCUACGCCCGCCACUGCGCCCAGGAGGGCGUGGCCAUCCCCUGGCGCAACCACACCUUCUGUCCCGUGCGGUGUUCCGGGGGCCAGGAGUACCAGGAGUGUGGCCGGGCGUGUGGCGGCUCGUGUUCGGACCUGCAGCGGGGCUGGAGCUGUGAUGAAGACGAGGAUGAUGACGGCGAUGGCGGUGGCGGCGGGGGAGGAGGCGGGCGCACCACCCAGAGCUGUGUGCCGGGGUGCCAGUGUCCCCCGGGGCUGGCUGAGGACCCCUUGGGCCAGUGCGUGCCCCUCGCCAUGUGCCCCUGUGUGCAGGGAGACGGGACCCUCCAGCCCGGCGCCACCGUCCAAAUCAACUGCAACACCUGCGUGUGCGAGCUGGGCCGUCUGAACUGCACCUCGCGGCGCUGCGAGGAGCUGAACCAGUGCCCCGGCUCCCUGGUCUACUCCCCGCGCUCCUGCCUGCUCAGCUGCUCCAGCCUGGACCCCCCCGGCCAGCAGCAGGGGGGCCCGGCCCGGCCCGGCUGCCUGGAGCCCCUGGCGGGGUGCGUGUGUCCCCAGGGGGCCGUGCUGCUGGGCGACCGCUGCGUCCCGCCCGAGGACUGUCCCUGUCACCAUAACGGACGCCUCUACUUCACCAACGACACCAUCACCAAGGACUGCAACACCUGUGUGUGUAAAGACCGCCGCUGGCUCUGCGGCCAGGCGGUGUGCGGGGGCGUGUGCGUUGCCACGGGCGACCCCCACUACGUGACUUUCGACGGCCGCUGCUUCUCCUUCCUGGGCGACUGCCAGUACGUGCUGGCGCGGGAGACGGACGGCCUGUUCAGCGUGACGGCGGAGAACGUGCCCUGUGGCAGCACGGGGGUCACCUGCACCAAGUCGGUCACCCUCAGCCUGGGGAACACCGUCAUCCACCUGCUGAGAGGUAAAGCGGUGACGGUGAACGGCAUGCCAGUGACCCUGCCUCGGUCCUACAGUGGCAGCGGUCUGACCCUGGAGCGCGUGGGGCUGUUCGUCUCGCUGUCCUCCCGUCUGGGGGUCACGCUGCUCUGGGACGGAGGCAUGCGUGUGUACGUGCGCCUGGCGGCCCGCCUGCGUGGCCGGGUCGGGGGGCUCUGCGGGAACUUUGACGGGGACACGGAGAACGACUUCACCACCAGGCAAGGCAUCAUGGAGUCCACCGCCGAGCUGUUCGGAAACUCCUGGAAGGUCAGCCCCUCCUGCCCGGACGUGGCGGACCAGGACCUCCGGGACCCCUGCGCUCUGAACCCCCACAGGGUGCCGUGGGCCAGGAGGCGCUGUGGCCUGCUGACCCAGGAGCUGUUCUCCCCCUGCCACCCUGAGGUUCCCUUCCAGCAGUACUACGACUGGUGUGUCUUCGACGCCUGUGGCUGUGACUCGGGGGGGGACUGUGAGUGUCUGUGCACCGCCCUAGCAGCCUACACAGAGGAGUGCAACCGCAGAGGCGUGUACAUCCGCUGGCGUUCCCAGGAGCUGUGUCCCCUGCAGUGUGACAACGGUCUGGAGUACGAGCCCUGUGGUCCGGCCUGCCCCAGCUCCUGUCCCGCCAGUGAGCCCUGCUCUGAGGCCAGCGGGGGGGCUCUGUACUGCGUGGAGGGCUGCUUCUGCCCCCCCGGCACCGUCCAGAACGGUGAAGGCUGCGUUACCCGCUCCCAGUGCCCCUGCCAGUGGGAGGGCUCUGUGUUCCCCCCAGGAGCCAGUGUCACCCAGCACUGCCAGAACUGCACCUGUGAGGACGGCGUGUGGAGCUGCGGGGGCGUGGCCUGCCCCUCCCCCCUGUGCGAGGAGGGGGAGUUCCGGUGCGCGGGGGGCCGCUGCGUCCCCCCCCAGUGGCUGUGUGACAACGAGGACGACUGCGGGGACGGCUCCGACGAGCUGUGCCCCUCCACCUGCCGCCCCGACCAGUUCCGCUGCGCGUCCACCCCGAGCGGGCCCUGUCUGGACCCGGCCCGGCGCUGCGACGGCCACGCCGACUGCGUGGACCAAUCGGACGAGGAGUUCUGCGGGCCGGCCCCUCUGCCCGCCCUCUGCCCGCCGGGGGAGUUCCAGUGCGCCAGCGGGCGGUGCCUCGCCUCCAGCCGCGUGUGUGACGGGCGGACGGACUGCGGCUUCGCAGACGCCUCGGACGAGCAAGCCUGUGGCGUGGUGUGCGGCGAGGGGGAGUUCCUGUGUGCAGGCGGUCGCUGUAUCCUCUACUUCCACCGAUGUGACGGACAUGACGACUGUGGAGACCUCAGCGAUGAGAGGGGGUGUGUGUGCAGCCCAGCGGAGCUGCAGUGCCCGGGAGGCCGCUGCCUUCCCGCGGACCGGGUGUGUGACGGACACAGGGACUGCCCGUCGGGUGUCGACGAAGCCCUCUGUCCCAGCAGAGUGACGUGCUUCCCGGGACAGUUCUCCUGCUCCGACGGCACCUGCCUGGACGCUACGCGGCUGUGUGACGGAAGGAAGGACUGUCCGGACGCGGAGGACGAGGACGCGAACAACUGCCAUUCGGUCGCCGUAGCGACGACGCCCUCACCGGCACCCCUCGCCCCGACGACGCCGUCAUUAGUCUGCAGGUCCAAUGAGUUUGGCUGUGGGACCGUGGGUCAGUGCGUCCCCGUGGCGUGGCGCUGCGACGGGGAGACGGACUGCAUGGACGGCAGUGACGAGCAGGGCUGCCCCGCGGGCCCCUGCGGCCCCGGGCGGGAGGCCUGCCUCAGCGGGGGGCAGUGCCUGGACCACCGGCAGCUCUGUGACGGGGUCCCGCACUGCGCCGACGCCUCGGACGAGAACGUGGACAACUGUGGCUCCGCCCGGAUCCCGCCCUGCCCAGGCAGCUUCUCCUGUGACAACCACACCUGUGUGAACGCCUCGCAGGUGUGCAACGGAGUGGCAGACUGUCCCCAGGGAGACGAUGAGCUGCUCUGUGACAAGGCCACGACCCCCGCCCCCCCAGGGGAGAGGAACACCUCCCUCUCCUGCCCCGAGUUCACCUGCGGGGACGGAUCCUGCGUCUCCUUCCAGACGGUGUGUAACGGAGUGGCCGACUGCCCAGACCCCUUGCCCAGCGACGAGCAGCACUGCAGGACCUGGGGUCCUUGGGGGGCCUGGGGCCCCUGCAGCAUCACCUGUGGGACGGGCUCCGAGAGCCGGCAGAGGGCCUGUCCCCUGGGGGACCCUCUGCGGAGAUGCCGGGGCCCGGGGGUCCAGAGGCAGCAGUGCUUCAACACCACCUGUCCAGUGGACGGCCGCUGGCUGCCGUGGGUGACCUGGUCCAACUGCUCGCGGGGCUGCGGGGGCUUGGAGGUGAGGCACCGGGGCUGCGCUCCCCCUCGCUACGGGGGGACCGAGUGCGCCCUGCUGCCCGGGGAGUCCAACCUGGCCAUGGAGAUCAAGCCGUGCCCGGAGAACGCCACCUGCGUGAACCGCACCUGUCCCGCCGGCCUGGUGAGGCUCAGCUGCGGGCCCUGCCCCCUGUCCUGCAGCCACGUCAGCACCGGGACACCCUGCCCCCCGGACGACCACUGCUUCUCAGGGUGCUGGUGUCCAGAGGGCCAGGUGAUGGGCCCCAACCAGCAGUGUGUGGCGCCGGGGGAGUGUCCCUGCGAGGUGGGCGGGGCCCGCUACUGGCCAGGGCAGCAGGUGAAGGUGGACUGUGAGGUCUGCGUGUGUGAGGGAGGACGGCCUCAACGCUGCCAGCUCAACCCGGAGUGCUCAGUGCAUUGUGGGUGGUCCUCCUGGUCCGAGUGGGGGGAGUGUCUUGGACCGUGCGGGGUCCAGAGUGUGCAGUGGUCCUUCAGGAGCCCCAACAACCCCAUGAAGCACGGAGACGGACGCACCUGCAGGGGCAUCUACCGCAAGGCCAGGAGGUGUCAGACGGACCCGUGUGAGGAGUGCGAGCACCAGGGUCAGUCCCACGCCGUGGGGGACGUGUGGGGGUCGGGCGGCUGCCAGCUGUGCCAGUGUUUCCCUAACCUCAUGGUGCGGUGCGCCCCCUACUGCCCGCACGCCGCCGCCGGCUGCCCACCGGGCAUGACUCUGGUGCCUGCAGGAGGGGACAGGUGUUGCUACUGCGGAGGUACAGGAGACAACGCUAAUGUCACUCAGACAACCAUGAGCCCGUUUACAGUCUCCUACACGCCAGGAGGGGGAGACAAACCCUCAGUGCCGACCUACCCUAUUCCUCCUGGGGGUGAGUGCUGGUCUCCUCUGGGCGUCCAGUCCCUGCCGGCCUCCAGCUUCACGGCCUCGUCCCAGCAGGCUGCCCAUCCUGCUGGGGCCGCCCGCCUCUACGGCCGGGACCCCCGCACAGACCUCCAGGGCUGGAGCCCGGAGCCGGAGGAGUACCGGGACCUGCCCCAGAGGAACCGCCAGGACCGGGCCGGGCCCCAGCAGAACCCAUACCUGCAGAUAGACCUGCUGCAGCCCUACAACAUCACUGGUGUGCUGACCCAGGGCGGGGGUGUGUUUGACACCUACGUCUCCAGCUUCUACCUGCAGUUCAGCGUGAGCGGCGGUCAGUGGUACACGUACAGCGACCUCACCACGGAUGCCCGGCCCAGAGCCAAGGUGUUCCGUGGUAACCAGGACGACAGGGCUGUGGCAGAGGUGCGUCUGGACCGGAUGGUGUCCGCCCGUCUGGUGCGACUCCUACCCCAGGACUUCAGGAACGCCGUCUACCUCCGGCUGGAGGUCAUGGGCUGUGGCGAGGGCACACCGCCCCCCUCCACCACCGGCUGCCCCGCGGGUCAGUUCUCCUGCCCGCCCCCGGGGGGCUGCAUCCCGGCCGCCCAGCGCUGCGACGGGACCCCCCACUGUGCGGCGGGGGAGGACGAGAGGGGCUGCGACCCCCGACCCCAGGCCACCACCCCGUCAGACAGCUGGCUGUUUCCUCCAUUCGCACGGCGUGUGAAUUCCAUUCACCUUCAUCUUGUGUACGUUGAACCUUUAUGCCGGUGGGAUGUUAGUCUUGAUUUCCCUGUUGUGUGUUUGCUCUGGAGGCCUUACAGCCCUACACCUGCACCCCUAAGGACCCCGUCCACGGACGCUGUCACCCGGCCUGCAGUCACACCCACAGACGGGAGCCCCGGUCACCGCGGCGUCUGUUCCUCCGCCCUGGGACUGGAGGACGGCAGGAUCCGCUACGGACAGAUGAGCUCGUCCACGCACCGCGAGAACAACCCCGCGGACGCCGGGCGCCUCAACAUCGUCCCCAACGUGCUGGUGAUGGAGCCGGGCUGGAGCCCCCUGGCCAGCGACCCCCACCCCUACCUGCAGGUGGACUUGCUGGAGCCCACCUGGGUGUCGGGCGUGGUCACCCAGGGCAGCCAGCGCAUGUGGGGCUACCUGACCCGCUACCAGCUGGCCUUCGCCCUGCACAGCAGCCUCUUCAGCGACUACAGCGAGACCGGGAGGCCGGGCAGCCCGGCCAAGGUGUUCGAGGUGCGCAUGGUGGGCCGUGCCCCGGUGACCCGCUGGCUGGACCGCCUGGUGCGGGCGCGCUACCUGCGCAUCGUCCCACUGGAGUUCAGACACACCUUCUACCUGCGGGCCGAGAUCAUGGGCUGCAGGGGCGACGAGCUGGUGACUCCCAGCAGCGUGACCACGGCGCCCCCCGCUGGCGGGGAGGUGACGGCACAGCGCUGCGGGCCGGGACAGUUCCCCUGCCACCAGGGGGGCGGCUGCGUCCCGGCGUCGGCGGUCUGCGACGGACGGCCCGACUGCAGGGACCGCUCGGACGAGACGAGCUGCGGCACGGUGACGACAGCGGGCUCCCCCGGGCUGCAGAACCUCACCAGCUCUACGGGACGACCCGGUUUCCGUGGCGACGCCACGACAGGAGCCCCGGGCCUCUACAGCAUCCGACCCCCCGGGGGCCGUCCCGGUGUGGCGACCACGCCCUCCACACCCAGGUUCACCGGCCAGCCCGGCCUGCACAACCACAGCACCCGUAAGAGCUCCUCCCCGAUUGGUCCGGGGAGCCCAGCUCCUGCCUGGGUCAGCAGCACCCCCCACGACGGCGGGCUACCCAGGGUGCUUUGCGUGGAGGGCCAGUUUGCGUGUGCGUCCUUCGGCUGUGUGGACCCCGCCCAGGUGUGUGACGGGCACCAGGACUGUUACGACGGAUCCGACGAAGAGCCCUGCGGCUCCACGGCCGCGCCGACCGUGAGCACAGUGCGCCCCCUGGUGCCCAACCCCUGCUCUGCCAAGCAGUUCUCCUGCGCCAGCGGGGAGUGCGUUCACCUGGACCGCCGGUGUGACCUCCACAGGGACUGUGUGGACGGCUCAGACGAGCUGCACUGCGUGGACUGCAUCACGUCGUCCUGGACGUCGUGGAGCCGCUGCAGCGUGUCCUGCGGUCUGGGCUCCCUGUUCCGCCAGCGGGACGUCCUGAGAGAGGCCCUCCCCGGGGGGGCCUGCGGGGGGGCCCAGUUCGACAGCCGGGCCUGCUUCCCCCGGGCCUGUCCAGCGGAUGGCCACUGGUCGGAGUGGACGGCGUGGUCGGAGUGUGACGCCACAUGCGGGGGCGGAGUCCGGACCAGGAGGCGGUCCUGCUCGGCCCCGCCCCCUAAGAACGGGGGGCGGGACUGCGAGGGCAUGACCCUGCAGACCCAGAGCUGCAACGCCACGCCCUGCGGAACGGGGACCGACACACAGUCAGGCUGUGCCCACGGCAUGGUGCUGGUGACGGAGGCCGACUGUCUGGCAGGAAGGGUGGAGGACUGCCCCCCCACCUGCUCUCACCUCAGCCAGACCUCCAACUGCACCGCCAGCUGUGUUCCAGGCUGUUGGUGCCCAGAGGACCGGUACCUCCAGGGGGGCCGUUGUGUGAACGCCAGCCAGUGUGGAUGUGUCUGGGACGGGGACACCCUGCAGCCGGGACAGAACUUCUCCCAGGACCCCUGCUCCACCUGCGUGUGCAGAAACGGACACGUCACCUGCGACAACUCCAGCUGUGUGGCGAGCUGUGAUUGGUCGGGCUGGUCGUCGUGGUCACUGUGUGACGUGACGUGUGGUGCAGGAAUACAACAGCGCUUCAGGUCCCCAGGUCACCACGGGGGUCCCAGCGGGGCCCGGUCCUGCCAGGGGGAUUCCACAGAGGCCCGCCAGUGCUUCAGACCCUGCCUGCCCGCGACGGCCGAGGGCCGGUGGACCCGCUGGACGGCGUGGUCCGAGUGCAGCAGGACCUGCUUCCAGGACGUCGACCAGGUGGGCCUCCGCCGGCGCUUCCGCACCUGCCACCGCCAGGACCCCCCCGCCGGACCGCCGCACGGCCCCGCCCUCGGCCACGCCCCCACUGGCCAGCCACAUGGCCACGCCCCCACGGACCCCCCCCCGGCCUGCAGUGGGGAGGGACAGGAGCAGGAGCCCUGUAACACUGUACAGUGUCCGGUGAGCGGGGGCUGGUCGCCGUGGUCCUCCUGGUCCCAGUGCUCGGCCGACUGUGACUCUGGCGUCCAGACCAGAGGCCGCCGGUGCAGUUCCCCUCCGCCCCAGCACGGGGGCAGCACCUGCCCCGGCCCCCACAUCCAGACCCGGGACUGCAACUCUGCGCCCUGCUCAGGCAUGUGUCCGGAGGGCAUGGUCUUCCUGUCGGAGGCGGACUGCGAGGCGCGGGGCGGGGCGUGUCCCCGGGCCUGUCUGGACAUGACCCCGGCGGAGGUGCAGUGCGCCACCAGCUGCUACGCGGGCUGCCACUGCGCCGCCGGCCUCUUCCUGCUCAACGGGAGCUGCGUGGCCCAGGCCCGCUGCCCCUGCUACCACCAGGGGGCGCUGCACCCCCCCGGGGCCUCGCUGCCCGCCGACGCCUGCAACAACUGCACCUGCCUGGAGGGAGAGAUGCAUUGUGGGGCAGAACCAUGUCCUGUGGACUGCGGCUGGAGCGCGUGGACCCAGUGGAGCGCGUGCAGCCGUACGUGUGACGUGGGCGUGAGGAGGCGGUUCCGCUCGGGGACCAACCCCCCUGCCGUGCUGGGGGGCCGGCCCUGCAAGGGGGAUCGGGUGGGCAUGGACACCUGCAGCGUCGAGCCCUGCUUCAGUGUGAUGGAGCCGUGGGGGGCGUGGUCAGCGUGCUCCGUCACCUGCGGCGGGGGCUACCGGAGCAGAACCCGCGGACCAAUCAGGACCCACGGCACCGCGCAGGGCUUCAGCGCCUGCAGCCUGCAGCCCUGUGGUGGCGGCCGGGUGUGUCCCCCGGGCCAGGGGUGGCAGCAGUGUGUCAGGGGAGAGGUGUCGUGUGAGGACGUCACCAUGGCGCUCAGCAGGAACUGCACCCCCGGCUGCCAGUGUCCAGACGGGACGGUUCUGCAGGACGGUGUGUGCGUGACGAGGGCGGAGUGUCGCUGUGACGUGGACGGGGAGCAGCACCUCCCAGGAGACGCCGUCACCAGAGGCUGCAACAACUGCACGUGUGGAGCAGGGAGGCUGACCAACUGCACCCAGCUCAGCUGUGACGUGGAUGGCCAGUGGUCGCUGUGGACCCCCUGGGGUCAGUGUUCGGUGUCGUGCGGGGCAGGGCUCCAGUCCCGGUAUCGCUUCUGCUCCGCCCCCCCGCGGUCAGGCAGCGGACUGCCCUGCCUGGGAGACCACCGCAAGGACCAGGCCUGCGUGGGCCCCCCCUGCGACCGUGAUGGCGGCUGGGGCCAGUGGAGCAACUGGACGGACUGCACCAAGUCCUGCGGUGGGGGUGUCCAGAGCCGGAGGAGGGAGUGUGACAGUCCCGCUCCGGAGGGGGAGGGGGACUACUGCGAGGGCCUGGGCACGGAAGUCACGGCCUGUAGCACCCUCCACUGCCCAGUGGCCCCGUGCUCCACCGUCCCAGGUACGGUGUUCAGCAGCUGUGGCCCCUCCUGUCCUCGCACCUGUGAUGACGUGACCCACUGUGAUUGGAGCUGCGAGGCGGGCUGCUACUGCACGGAGGGGAAGGUCCUGUCGUCCAACGGGACGGUGUGCGUGGGGCGCGAGGCCUGUCCCUGCCUGGACCUGAGCACGGGACAGCGGCUGGAGGCGGGGGCCACCAGCCUGGCCCCCGACGGCUGCAACAACUGUACCUGUGAAGGAGGAAGGCUGAACUGCACCAGUGAGCCCUGUCCAGUGGCCGGGGACUGGUGCGAGUGGUCCCAGUGGACCCCCUGCUCCCGGACCUGUGGGGCAGAGUGGGUGACCCGCUACAGGGCCUGCAGCUGUCCCGAGCCCAGGGAGGGGGGCGCCGGCUGCCCCGGGGUACAGGAGGUCCACAACGGGGUGGGGGUCCAGGUCCAGAGGCAGCCCUGCCCGGUGAUCUCCUUCUGCCCAGUGCACGGCUCCUGGGGGCCCUGGGCCCCGUGGUCUGAGUGUGACGCCUGCGUCGGGGCCACCAGCCGGACCAGGGAGUGCAGCAGCCCCCCCGCCCGCUUCGGGGGGCUGCCCUGCCACGGCGUCAGCAGGCAGAGGCGCGGCUGCCAUGACAACCACACCAUCUGCUCAGACUGCGGGGGGGGUCAGGAGGACUGGCCCUGUGGUAAGCCCUGCCCGCGCUCCUGCUCCGAUCUCCACGGCGACACGGAGUGCAUGGACUCCCCCGCCUGCAGCCCGACCUGCGGUUGCCCCGGUGACCAGGUCCUGCAGGAUGGGGUCUGCACCCCCAGGGAUGAAUGCCGCUGCAAACACCACGACAGCACGUCUGCUGGCGGCAAUGAUGCCAGCAAUGCAUCAUGGGUAUGGCCCGGGCCUUCUGAUUGGCUGUACAUCAAACCAGGGGAAAACAUCACUAGUGACUGUAAAAACUGUUCCUGCGAGGCCGGGGUGCUUCAGUGUCAAACGGUGGACGGUUGCCUUGUCGACGGAGGCUGGAGCCAAUGGGCAGCCUGGUCCGAGUGCUCGUUGCCGUGUGGAGGCGGGGCCAAGCUCAGGCACCGUCAGUGUGACAACCCGGGCCCUCAGAGCGGCGGGCGGGGCUGUGCGGGCGUGGCCGAGCAGCAGAAGGACUGCAACGCACAGAACUGCACAGACUCGGCGGGGGGCUGGCUGCCCUGGUCCCCGUGGGCCCCCUGCUCGGUCAGCUGUGGCGGAGGUGAGCAGUACCGCACGCGGCGCUGCGCCUCGCCGCCCUGCAGCGGCCUCCACAGGCAGAGCAAGACCUGCAACACCCAGGUCUGCCUCGAGGUGGGCUGCCCCCCGGGCCGGCUGUACCGGGAGUGCGAGCGGGGGGAGGACUGUCCCUUCAGCUGCUCCCAGGUCAGCGGGCGGGAGGGCUGCUACUCCGACGGCUGUGAGGAGGGCUGCCACUGCCCCCCCCACACCUACCAGCACCGCGGCCUCUGUCUGCAGGAGUGCCCAUGUCUGGUGGACACCGAGCUGCUGACCUCCAUAGAGAGCGUCUCCGUGACGCCCCUCUCCUCUCUGCUCCUCCACAACGUCUCGGAGGGGGAGGAGCUCUCGCCCGGCAGCACCCUGCAGCACGACUGCAGCUCCUGCUCCUGUGAGCACGGCCUGUGGAACUGCUCCCUGGCCCACUGCCCCCUGGACGGGGGCCUGUCCCCCUGGGGCCCCUGGAGCCCCUGCUCCCUGUCCUGCGGGGGCCUGGGUCUGAAGAGCCGGUCGCGGGGCUGCACCAAGCCCCCCCCCGCCCACGGAGGACGGGACUGCCCGGGGGUCCGUCUGGAGAACACCUACUGCCAGGCCCCGGACUGCCCCGGGCUCGUCGGUCCUACAGAAGCCCCCAGCACACCAGACGAGGACGCAGGCUUCUCCCCCUGGUCCUCCUGGAGCCCCUGCAGCCGGACCUGCAGUGACGCCCGCACCCCCGCCUCCAAGACCCGCCAGCGCCGCUGCGUCAGCCCGCCCUGCUCCGGGGCCCCCCACCAGGAGAAGGCCUGCAACCUGCCCCAGUGCCCAGACGGCGGGGCCGUGUGCGUGGGGGAGGGGUGCGUCAGCAGGAACUGCUCCUGGACGGGCUGGGCCCCGUGGGGGACCUGCUCUCGUUCCUGCGGCGUGGGCCAGCAGCUCAGGCUGAGGACCUUCGUGGCCCCGGGGCCCGGCGGGGCCUGGUGCCACGACAUCCUGGACGGGAACCAGGAGCAGCGCUUCUGCAACAUCCGGCCCUGCAGAGUGGACGGGGGGUGGUCCCGCUGGAGCCCCUGGUCCCGCUGUGAUAAGGUGUGUGGUGGGGGGCGCUCCAUACGCACCCGGUCCUGCUCCAGCCCCCCGCCCAAGAACGGAGGCCUCAAGUGUGAGGGGGAGAAGAACCAGGUGAAGCCCUGCGGCACCAAGCCCUGUGAAGAGAAGGGCUGUCCUCCGGGCCAGGAGGUGGCGCUGUGUGCCAACCAGUGUCCCCAGCGCUGCUCGGACCUGCAGCAGGGCAUCGAGUGCCAUGACAACGCAGAGUGCCAGCCUGGAUGCCGCUGCCCCAAAGGCCAGCUGCAGCAGGAGGGUGUGUGUGUGCAGCUGUGGCAGUGCGACUGCGUGGACUCUCUGGGUCAGACCUGGGCGGCCGGCAGCUCCCACCAGGUCUCCUGCAACAACUGCAGCUGCUCCGACGGACAGCUGCUCUGCACCAAUCACAGCUGCGAGGACGCCUGCUCCUGGAGCUCCUGGUCCAACUGGGCCUCCUGUAGCACUUCCUGUGGGCGGGGCCAGAGAACACGAUACAGGUCCAUGACCUCAGAGACCCCCGGGGCCAGCUGCCAGUUCGAGGAGGUCCAGCACAAGUCAUGUGACCCGGGGCCGUGCCCGCGCCUCUGUGUCCAUGACGACCAGGACCUCCGGGUGGGAGACACCUGGCUGCAGGGGGAGUGUCAGCAAUGCACCUGCACCCCGGAGGGAGAAUACUGCCAGGAGAUCGAGUGCAGAGUGGACGGGGGCUGGACGCCGUGGUCGGUGUGGGCCGACUGCCCGGUGACCUGCGGACAGGGUACACAGGUUCGAUCCCGCGCCUGCGUCAACCCCCCCCCGCGCAACAACGGCUCCCACUGCGGGGGUCCGGAGCGAGAGGUCCAGGACUGCAGAGCCCCCCCCUGCCUGGACGACCUUUGCCCCUGGUCGCCGUGGUCGCCGUGCUCCCGCAGCUGUGGGGCGGGCUCUGCGCUGCGGCGGCGUGGCUGCGUGUGCGAGGAGGCGGGGGACGCAGCUUGCCCCCCCGAGGUGGAGGCGGAGCGGGGCGCGGAGGAGACCCAGCUGUGCUACAGGCGGCCCUGCCCAGGCUGUCCAAUGUCGGAGUGGAGUGAGUGGUCACUGUGUUCCUGCGAGUCUCAGAGACAGCAGCGCCAUCGCGUGGCUCUCUCCCCGGCCACCAGGGGGCAGCAAUGCUCUCCUGUGGAAACCCAGAGCAGAGCCUGCAACCUCAGCCUCUGUGACAGCUGCGACGCCCCCUUCCUCUACUCGGAGUGUGGCGCCCCCUGUGAGCAGCAGUGUGCGCUGCGGGGCCGCCCGGAGCUGUGUCUGGGGGCGGGGGGGUGCACCCCUGGGUGCUACUGCCCGCAGGGGCUGCUGCAGCUCAACGGUAGCUGUGUUCCUCCGGAGGCCUGUGGCUGUGUCCACCUCCAGCAGGACGGCCCCGACCGGCCCCCCACGCCCAUCACCGUCCCCCAGGGAGAGACCCUCGCCGUGGGCUGCAGCACCUGCUUUUGCCAUGAGGGGAUUCUGCAGUGUGACAUGAGAGAGUGUGAAGUCAUUCUCAGCGAGUGGUCAGCGUGGACCCCCUGCUCUCCGUGCAAGCUGUCCCCUGCGGGGCCCGAGGGGCCCGGCCCGGUGUCCCUGCAGCGGCGCUACCGGGCCUGCCUGGACCUGGACUCGGGCCUCCCCGUGCCUGAGGAGGAGCAGCAGGGCCAGUGUCCCGGGCCGCUCAGCCAGGAGCGCGCCUGCCCGGACCCCGCGGUGUGCCGAGACGUGUGUGUGUGGAGAGCGUGGGGGGCCUGGGGGGCCUGCACCCAGCCCUGCAGUGGAGGCUUCAGGCAACGCCACAGGCAGCCUCUCGCCCCCUCCCCAGGACCCCACUGCAGGAGGCAGCAGACCCAGAGCCAGAGCUGCAACACAGGCCUCUGCCCAGGUGAGCGCUGCGAGGACCGGGGGCGGACCUACCAAGAGGGCUGUGCCAAUCAGUGUCCCCGCAGCUGCACCGACCUAUGGGAGCACGUGCAGUGUCUACAGGGAGCCUGUCACUCAGGAUGCCGCUGUCCAGAGGGCCAGCUGCUGCAGGACGGAGAGUGCGUCCCGCUGGCUGACUGCCGCUGCGGCUUGCCGUCGGGCAACGGCAGCCUGGAGUUCAACCCGGGGGAGAACGCCACGCUGGACUGUAACGACUGUGUGUGUGAGAACAGCCGUCUGGUCUGCACCAAGCAUCUCUGCCCCGCCUACCAGCCCUGGAGCCAAUGGAGCGUCUGCUCUGCCUCAUGUGGGCGUGGCCAGAGGACGAGGACACGCCCCUGCCUGGAGCAAGAGGGCGGGGUUCCCUGCGGGGACACGGAGCAGACGGACAGCUGCCUGCUGCCGGCCUGCCCAGCCGACUGUGAGCUGAGUGAGUGGUCCUCGUGGAGCGCGUGCAGCGCCUCGUGUGGCGGGGGAGUGUCGGUGCGGAACAAGACGCUGGUGCAGGAGGCGGAGCCGGGGGGGCGGGCCUGCAGCCCACCGCUGGAGCAGCACACCGUCUGUAACACCAGCAGCUGCCUGCCUGAGUGUCCCCGUGGCGAGGUGUUCAGUGUGUGUGCCGGCUCGUGUCCACACACCUGCGAGGACCUGUGGCCCCAGAGCCAGUGUGUGGCGGGCCCCUGUACCCCGGGCUGCUCCUGCCCCCCAGGACAGGUGCUGUACGGGGGCUCCUGCGUGUCCCGGGACGACUGCCCCUGCUCGCCCCUCGCUCUCCUGCGUGGGAACCACGAGAUGAACUCCAGCGCCGAGGAGAGCGGCCCGGAGGCCCCGGUGCCCCCCGGCUCCACCAUCAAGCACCUCUGUAACACCUGUGUGUGUAAGGGAGGCCUCCUGAACUGCACCUCGGACACAUGUGAUGUGGACUGCGAGUGGUCCGUCUGGUCUCCCUGGAGCUCCUGUUCCUCCAGCUGUGGUUCUGGACAACGUCGCUCCAACAGGACCGUGCUCCGGCCCAGCCGGUACAGUGGGGCCCCGUGUGAGGGCCCCGGCCAGCACACAGCGCCCUGCCUGGCCCCUGACUGUGCUUGCCCUGCGGGGGAGCGUUGGCGACGGGGGGGCCCUGAGGGCCCGGUCCUGUGUGAGAGGGGCUGUGGGGACAUGUACGUCCCCCCGCCCGCUAACUGCAGCGCUGCGGCGGAGGGCUGCGUGUGUCUGGAGGGGCGCUACCGCCAGGGGGGCGGGGCCUGCGUCCUGCCCGCCCUCUGCCCCUGUGAGGACGCCAGCGGCCGGACCAGAGAGGCGGGCGUAGAGUGGGAGGAGGACUGUGUCUGGUGCCGCUGUGUGAACGGGGUGAAGGAGUGCCGGUCCAGAUGCCCCGCCCUCUCAUGCGACGAGGGGGAGGUUAAGGUGCUGGAGCCAGGCGACUGCUGCCCCGUCUGCAGAAAAUCAUUCCCAGGUGAGCCGGAGGCGGUGUGCCAGCGCUACACCCAGGUGAGGAACAUCACUAAGGGAGGCUGUCGCCUGGACAACGUGGAGGUCAGCUUCUGCAGGGGCCGCUGCCAGUCAGGGGCAGACGUCAUCCUGGAGGAGCCCUACCUCCAGUCGGUGUGUGAGUGCUGUAGCUACCGCCUGGACCCGGUCAGCCCGGUGCGCUUCCUCAGCCUGCAGUGUGCCAGCGGAGACAGCGAGCCCGUCGUGCUGCCCGUCAUCCACAGCUGCGAGUGCACCAGCUGCCAAGGGGGCGACCUCUCCAGACGCUGAGGGACAGGGGCAGCGGCAGGGGCUGUGUGUGUGUGUGUGUGUGUGUGUGUGUGUGUGUGUGUGUGUGUGUGUGUGUGUGUGUGUGUGUGUGUGUGUGUGUGUGUGUGUGUGUGUGUGUGUGUGUGUGUGUGUGUGUGUGUGUGUGUGUGAGCCUGAGACCGGACCGGACCCGGUUCAGAGGACAGAAUGUCAUCUCAGCGGGCCGGUACCGUCCUGCUCCUCUGUACAGAUCCUUUAUAUUAUUAUAUGCAUAUUAUAUUAUUUUAUGUUUGCAUAAAAAGAAAAAGUCUUGACUAUAGAGAAACCGUUUUGUAUUCACUUUAAAUAAACUAUAUCUCCCUUAAGGUCAUUACUUUAUAUUAUUAUAACAUUAUUAUAUUUAUGAACCUGUUUUACUACUGAGGAUUCCACUGGCUGUAACCUUCGAUAUCAAACAUGACAGAUCCUGACAGUUCGCUGGUCAUCAAUAAACGUU